UCGUCCCUCUCCGAUCCACAACUCGGCCACGUGUCCCACGAACCAGCGUAGCAGCUCCUUUUCUCUCUCUCUCUCCGCAACUUCCCCUCCAGCUCUCUUCUAGAUCUCGGCGGCGACGGAUCCGAAUCGGCGACUUAAAAGAGUUAAACUCCACGACCUUGACUGAUUCCGACUUGAGCUUUCAGCUCCUUCGAAUCGGCGCUCUGAAUCUCUGGAAACUGCUUAUCAAUGUUUAGCAUAAUCUGAGAUGGCUUCAAUCCGGCGAACUCUCUCGCCGGUGUACCACGAUCGUCAUUACGAGAACGGAGGCGCACCGUUCUCCCCCUCCUCCACGUCAUCAUCCCCCUCUCAGAAGAGCAGCGGCAAACACAGCUCCUCCUCUGAUCCCAAAGCCUCCCGCCGAGGUCCAUGGCGGCGUCCGUUUUACCAAUUCCUCGCUUUCUUCCUCAUCGGCUUCCUUUUAGGUAUGACACCGUACGGUCAAAUCGAUGAUGCGAACGGUACCGAUCGCGAUCGGUUCAAUUUCGAGAUCAAACCGCCGAACGUCGAAGAAUCGUUGGAACGACGGGAAGAGGUGGCCGUGGACGGAGUAAGCUUCUCGGCGGAAUCGAAGAAUAAGAAGGAGGAGGAGGAGGAUUUUGCGCCGAGGAAGCUUGUAAUCGUGGUGACGCCAACGUACAACCGAGCGAUGCAGGCGUAUUACUUGAACAGAGUUGCUCAGACGCUGAGGCUAGUGGAGGCUCCUGUGCUGUGGAUAGUGGUGGAGGGGAAUGCGGCGUCGUUUGAGACGUCGGAGAUUCUGAGGAAGACUGGGGUGAUGUAUAGACACUUGGUUUGCAAGAGGAACAUGACGAGUGUUAAGGAUAGAGGUGUUCACCAGAGGAACACUGCGUUGGAACAUAUCGAGUUGCAUAAGCUCGAUGGUGUUGUUUACUUUGCUGAUGAUGAUAAUAUCUACUCGCUUGAGCUGUUUCAGAGCUUGAGGCAAAUCAGACGAUUUGGAACUUGGCCUGUUGCAAUGCUAGCGCCAAGCAAGAACAAGGCGAUUCUUGAAGGUCCAGUAUGCAAUGGAAGUCAAGUAAUUGGGUGGCACACUAAUGAGAAGAGCAAAAGACUACGCAGGUUCCAUGUUGAUAUGUCAGGAUUUGCUUUCAACAGCACUAUACUCUGGGACCCCAAAAGAUGGCGACGUCCCUUCUCACAUCCAACCCGCCAACUAGACACCGUGAAGGAAGGUUUCCAAGAGACAACAUUUAUAGAACAGGUGGUGGCAGAUGAAAGAGACAUGGAAGGUGUUCCACCAGCUUGCUCGAGGAUACUGAACUGGCAUCUUCACUUGGAUGCCCUGGAUGUCCCUUAUCCACAAGGGUGGGUGGUCCAGAAGAAUCUUGAAGCUCUCAUAACUGUGAAGUAGUUUAAAGACGCAACUUUUGACUUGUGAAGACUUUAAAGGGUUCUGAACUUUGGACGUCAGGUGUUCAGGAAGUCUAUAAGCAAAACAUGAGAACCCAACAAGACCAUGAAAAUUUUGUACGUUUUUGGAUUUGGUGUUUUACUAUGAGAUGGAAUUAUAUUUAGCCUUUGGACAUUUGAUGAUUCCACGUCAUUGUCAUCUUCUCUGUGGAAACGCUAUUGAUAUGUCCUGCUAGUUGUUGAUUCGAGUUUAUGCCAA